AUGAACUCGAGCAACAAGAAUUCAGACCCCGGAAGUCCCAGAGUUGAGGAGCUUCGUGCCGACAAACCUUCGAGACGAUGCACAUGGAACCUCCGGUCCGUCAGCUCGCAGGUUCUCCUCGUCUCUGCCACUGCCUCAUGCACCAUAGGCUCCUUCAAUGCUCUGCAAGGCCUUGGAGGCGCAGGCCAGGAACAACCCUACGUGGCCAAUGCAGCCACAGCCAUCAACUUUGCGCUCAUGGGCAUCGUGUGUCUGCUGGGCGGCCCGCUGGUGAACAAGAUUGGCACAAAAUGGUGCCUGGCCAUUGGCACCAUUGGCGACCCCAUCUUUGCGGCAGCUCUAUACCAAAACACCCGCUUCGGCACGCAGUGGUUUCUCAUAUUCGCGGCCGUCUUCCGCGGCGCCUGCAGCGGUCUCUUUUGGGCGACCGAAGGCUUCAUCAUCAUCGGGUACCCGCGGGAGCAGUGGCGAGGGCGGAGCAUCACGACGUGGGUGGCCUUCAAGGAGCUCGGCAGCGUCAUCUCGGCCUCGAUCAACCUCGGCCUCAGCGCAAAGGACAACAAGUCGGGUCACGUCGGCUACGACGUGUACUAUGUCACGAUUGCCAUCAUGUGUCUGGGUCUGCCAAUUGCUCUGCUUAUCUCACCGACGAGAAAUGUCUUUCAUCGCGACGGAACUCCCGUGGCUGAUGACAAGACAAGUGGUGGUAAAAUGACGAGCUACAAGGAGCAAUAUUCGCAACUGUUUUCCCAGUUCAAGAGAAAAGAUGUGCUUCUCUUCAUACCGUAUGCUUGUUUUGCGUACUUUUACUACUCCUUUGCCCACACAUAUGUCACGAAGCACUUUUCUGUCAGAGGACGAGCCCUGGUAUCUCUCUUGACUGCGGUCGCAUCCGUCAUUGGAUCAGCUCUCGUCGCAAUUGUCUCGGAUAUUUCCGGUCUCAAGAGACGCGGGAGCACCUUGAAGCUGUUCCUCGCCACGGUGCUAGUUCUAGUCCUCUGCGCCGCCAGUUGGGGGUACUUUGCAUACAAUGCGCUGCGACCGCCAGCACACAAGCUCGAUUGGCUGGACGCGGGAUACGGCAAGACGGCUGCUUCGGUCGCCCUUCUCUUUCUGGCGAUGCAGUCGGCUCAGACGUAUUUGUACUGGAAUGCUUCGCAGAUAUCAGAGACUUUUGAGGAUAACGCGCAUCUUGCCGGGGUAGUUCGUGGGAUCGAGUCUCUCGGUCAAAGUGUCGCAUAUGGAAUCAAUGCAUCAAACACGGCACCAGUGGUCAGUGUUAGCAUUAACCUGGCUUUGCUAGUGAUAGGUGGAGGUUGCUUGUUGAUGCUUGUGGCCAGGAAUGGAGGGAGAAGACGGUAG